AUCUUUAUCGACGUUUGGCUCCUACAGCAGUAGUAUGCCCGAGGACGACGCCUUGGUGCGCCACCUCGAUCAGCUCAAGAAGGAGCUGCAAGCCAAAGGCGCCUCGAAGGCGCAGAUCGCCAUACAACUCGACAAGGAGUACAUGGCCAAACGUCCGUACGUAUCGCCAGCGUUCACAAAGAUGGAGGUGCUCGCGAUCGUUUCGGCGUUCGACGAGAGCGUGAUUGCGCUCCAAGAAAUGGGCAAAUCCGACUUUUUAGACCCGCUCGGGUGGGACUUGCCGCCGUCCGAGGCCGUCCUCACCACCGUGCGCUGCGUCCUUUGGCUCUUCAACGUGCCGUCGCCAAAAGCCACGUCUUCCGUGCUCUGGUCGGGCGUCUGGGCCGCUUGGAUCGUCAAGAACAUUGAUGCGCACCUGUGCGGGUGGGAGUGGGUCGCUUGCAACGAGCCCAUGGGACUCUUCACCAAGCCGUACGACCUCUCACGCCUGCAUCUCGACGACCUGCAAGCGUCGCUGCCGUCGACAUAUCGCGUGCCGCCGUCCGAUCCGUCUUGGCAGCGCAUGCCCGCGUACCUCUUGCUCCGCGACUGGGUCUCCUGCGCCGUCGACCACGUGCACAUGCAGACGCAUGUGCUGCCGACGGCGGUCGCGGCACCGUACUUGGCCAAGGUGCUCGAGCCCCCAACCCGGACGCCCAAGGAAAACGUGUGGUUCAUCGCGCACACAGAGGACGGCGGUGUCCCGUACUACUACAACCGCGACACCCAAGCGUGCGUUCUCGACGAGCCGCCGGACUUUGACGGUGCCCGAGUCGUCGUGCCCCGCUUCAUGGAGCUGCAGAUGCUCGAGGUCCUUCUCUCGGAUGCCAAGCUGCGUGCGGACAUGGAGGUGCGUCGCGUCGCCCUCGAGCUCGCGCGGGACAAGGACAACGCGUGGGUCGAGUGCAUCGACCUCGCCACGAAGGCACGCUACUACUACAGCUUUCAGCGCUGCAAGCUCACAUUCACGCGGCCCAACUCGCGCAACAUCAUCAAGGCCGAGAGCAGCCCGGCGUACCGCAGCGUCGUGCGCAUCCAGAGCGCGUACCGGCGGCGGCAGGCGCUCGCGCUCGUGCGGGAGAAGCGAGCGAAGCGAAAGCACAUGCCACGCUUCGCGUCGCGCCACUUUGCGUAGUACAAUCACAUUAGAGUACAAUUACUCGGUCUUGGGCUUCUCGAGGCGCAGCCAGUUGCGGCGGACAACGAGGCUCCAGAGCAGGCACGGCGCGAACGGGGCCAUGACGAUGUAGAAGCCCUCGACCGCGUCCGUGUAGUGCUGCAGCACGUAGAGCACGAGCGCGAGGAGCGUGAAGAGGCCGUACAUGCCCGCGACGAAGUCGU